AUGCCCUACACGCCGUCCGGCUUUUUCUGCGACCGUCUGAUCCGGGAGCGCGAGCGGCGCGACGGGGAGGGGUCCCUGGGCAAGCCGCUGCGCUUCAGCGGGCAGGACUUCGCCGCGCUCAAGCAGGAGUGCCUGCAGAAGAAGAGCCUGUUCGAGGACGACACCUUCCCCGCCACCGUGGAGUCCCUGGGCUACAAGGAGCUGGGGGCCAAGUCCAACAAGGUCAAGAACAUCGUCUGGAAGAGGCCCAAGGAAAUCUGUGAGAACCCUGAGUUCAUUGUGGGCGGAGCCAGCAGGACAGACAUCUGCCAGGGAGACCUGGGGGACUGCUGGCUGCUGGCAGCCAUCGCCUGCCUCACGCUGUACGAGAAGCUGCUGUACCGCGUGGUUCCCCAGGAGCAGAGCUUCUCCGACGGAUACGCCGGCGUCUUCCACUUCCAGUUCUGGCGCUAUGGCGACUGGGUGGAUGUUGUCAUUGACGACCGCAUCCCCACCUUCAACAACCAGCUGGUGUUCACCAAGUCUGCCGAGAGGAAUGAGUUCUGGAGCGCCCUUCUGGAGAAGGCCUACGCCAAGCUCCACGGCUCGUACGAGGCCCUGAAGGGAGGCAACACCACAGAGGCCAUGGAGGACUUCACCGGGGGGGUGACCGAGUUCUACGAGAUGAAGGAGGCCCCGAAGGAGCUCAACAAGAUCAUGAAGAAGGCCCUGGAGAGGGGCUCACUCAUGGGCUGCUCCAUCGAUUCCCUGGUCCCGGCCCGUUUUGAGACCCGGACCACCACUGGCCUGGUGAAGGGCCACGCCUACUCUGUGACCGCUGUGCAGGAGUGCAAGCACACCACGACCAAGGACUCCAAGGUGCGCCUGGUGCGCCUCAGGAACCCCUGGGGCCAGGUCGAGUGGACCGGCCCCUGGAGCGACAACUCCAAGGAGUGGACCUCCCUCUCCAAGGAUGAGAAGGAGAAGCUCCAGCACCAGAAUGCCGAGGACGGAGAGUUCUGGAUGUCCUUCGAGGACUUCAAGAAGAACUUCACCAAGAUCGAGAUCUGCAACCUGACCCCUGACGCCCUGGAGGACGACAAGAUCCACAAGUGGACCGUGUCGGUGAACGAGGGCCGCUGGGUGAGGGGCUGCUCCGCCGGGGGCUGCCGGAACUACCCAGACACCUUCUGGACCAACCCGCAGUACCGCCUGCGUCUGCUGGAGGAGGACGACGACCCCGAGGACAACGAGGUGGCCUGCUCCUUCGUGGUGUCCCUGAUGCAGAAGAACCGCAGGAAGGAGCGCAAGAUGGGCGCCAACCUCUUCACCAUCGGCUUCGCCAUCUACGAGGUGCCAAAGGAGAUGCACGGCAACAAGCAGCACAUGCAGAAGGACUUCUUCCUGGCAAACUCGUCCAAGGCCCGCUGCAAGUCCUACAUCAACCUGCGCGAGGUGACCCAGCGCUUCCGCCUGAGCCCCGGGGAGUACGUCAUCGUGCCCUCCACCUACGAGCCCCACCAGGAGGGCGAGUUCCUCCUGCGCGUCUUCUCCGAGAAGAGGAACACCUCAGAGGAGAUAGAGAACAGGAUCGAAGCGGACCAUCCAGUGCCGGCUCCUGCCUUGGCGGUGGGGGAAGAGAGCGAAGAGGACCAGAAAUUCCGGACGAUUUUUCAGGAGAUAGCCGGAGACGUGAGUGAAGGCGAGAUGGAGAUCACAGCCAACGAGCUGAAGAACCUGCUCAACAAAGUCGUCUCCAAGAACCAGGAGCUGAACACGGAGGGCUUCAGUCUGGAGACGUGUCGGAGUAUGAUCGCCCUGAUGGACAUGGACGGCACCGGUCGGCUAAACCUCCAGGAGUUCAGACACCUGUGGAACAAGGUCAAACAGUGGCAGGGGAUCUUUAAGCACUACAGCGUGGAGCAGUCUGGGAGCAUCAGCAGCUACGAGAUGAGGAAUGCCGUCAACGAUGCCGGCUACCGUCUCAAUAACCAGCUUUACGACAUCAUCACCAUGCGCUACGCCAACGAGAGCAUGAACAUCGACUUCGACAGUUUCAUCAGCUGCCUCGUGCGCCUGGAGGCAAUGUUCAGAGCUUUCCAGGCCUUCGAUCAGGACGGAGAUGGAUCCAUCCGGCUCAGCGCUCUGGAGUGGCUCCAGCUGACCAUGUACGCCUAGGACGCCGCCAACGACCUCCAUGUGACCCCCUGUUCCACGGGGGACCAGAAGGCCCGGCCCCUUACCUCAGUACCCCCGUUAGGUCCGACAUCACUUCCUGUCUUUCCUCCCUGGGGCCUGAGCUGGCAACAACACCUACUACUACUACUACUACUACGACCACCUUCGUCAUCGUCACUUCCCCGCCUCCCUCCUCUUCCUCUUGGCAUCACUUCACACUGCAUCAG